UUUUAUGUUUCUUUGUGUCAAGUAGUGAAUGAGCUGGAGAUUCCUAUUCUCAAUGAAUUAACAUAAUUAAUAAUAACACAGUCAAUCUUCUGAUUCUAUAUAUACAAUAUCGAGAAAUGUGAUUUAAUAUCAAUCAUCACUUAAUCAUUAAUUUUUUCAUAGUAAUUUCAGGAAAUUAAACGAUAAAUCAAUAUAGGAGUACUAGUAUAAUGGCUGAAUCUGCUUGCCCAAUGAAUGGUGGUGACGGCACGUAUAGCUACAGCAAGAACUCCACUUGGCAGAGAUCUGGUGCAAGUGCUGUGAAGGAUUUAAUAAAUGAGGCGUUGACGGAGAAUCUUGAGAUAGACAAGCUGUUAUGUGGUUCGAAGAGAUUCGCCGUCGCCGAUUUAGGUUGUUCGGUGGGGCCCAACACAUUCUACUCCAUGGAAUCCAUCAUCGAAGCCGUACAGCAAAAGUCGUCUCCUAAAAAACUCGAAUUCCAAGUGUUGUUCAACGAUCAGAUCGGCAAUGACUUCAACACCCUCUUCGCAUCUCUUCCUCGGGAAAGGAACUACUUUGCGGCGGCGGUGGCGGGUUCCUUCUACGGCAGAUUGUUCCCUUCUUCCUCCAUCCACAUCGCCUAUUCCUCGGCCGCACUCCACUGGUUGUCGAAGGUGCCGGAGGAAGGAUCUCCGGCGUGGAACGCAGGUAAAAUCCACUACAACGGCGCCUCCGACGCGGUGGUGAGGGCGUAUGAAGAGCAGUUCGAGGAAGAGAUGGAGAUAUUCUUGAGAUGCAGAGCUGAGGAGAUAGUGGCGGGAGGGAUUAUGGUGAUUAACAUGCCUGGUGUGCCUCACAGAGAUGUUCCACAUCGUGCUGCCGUCAUGCUUAGUUUUAUUGAGUCCAUCCUCAUCGACAUGGUGAAAGAGGUAUGUACAUCUACUAGCUACUACCUUCAUUUCUUAUUUUAA